UGCAUCCUCUUGUCCAAUAAAAAAAAAGCCUCGUCUGUCAAUGUAGCUUCGUCAAGCUAAAGUGAAGCUAAACCACUAGACGGGGGUUUGUUAUUAUUCAUAUAACUUUAACUACACAGCACGCUGAAUAGGAGACGCCACGCAAUCAUUCUUUGGAGAUUGUUUUGAAGCCGCGAAGCCCUGGAAUUUCGAAAUGGCGUACAGAAGGGACAGGACUGUACGAGAUGCAUAUGAAGAACGCUUUUUAUCUGACAGGCCGGGCCCAUACUCUCGAGCAGGAGGGGAUAGAAGAGGUCACUUUAGCAGACCCGAAGAAGAUUACAACCGCGGCGGUUAUGAAUACGAAGGGGGUCCUCGCUUUUUCCCAAAUGGAGGUGGCCCGCGGAACUACCACGGAGACGAUCAACGAGGCUACCCUGGGGAUGGUGCUCAUUUCCCUUCGGAACGCAGAGGCGCUCCCCCGUCGAGAAGGGAGGAUUUUCCUUACAGAGGACCUAGGGAGGAUCCACACACAGGAGGACGGCCUAUGGAAUACAGCAACCGUGCACCACCACCACCACCCAACGCACGAAACCAGGGCGUAUACCCGGCGCCCCGAUCGCUACCAGAAAGCGGAGCAGACACGCUUGUGCAAGCCAUCCUCAACCUGGAAAGGGGGGAGGACCGAGACCACUUCCGGAGGAAGGCGCCUCCCUUCCCUCCCCCAAGAGAGCGCUCUCCUGCACGCCGCGACUCUGCCCGCUCCCCCCACAGCCGCUCGGGCUCCAGCGUCAGCAGCAGAGGCUACUCUCCCGAUCGGGCCAAAAGCCUCCUGUUCCCUUCACAGCAAGAAAAAAUCCCGGGUCUCUCGAGAGAGGGCUCCCCGCACAGCGCGACGUCAAACAAGGAAGAGAACCAUCCGCCUGAAGGGGAAAAAGAGCAGCCAUCAGUGGCUCCCGUCACAGAGGAGAGUCCGAAGGCGUCCACAGACAAAUUUCAACAGCGACGAUCGCUGGCAAUCGCAGCUAAAGUCCAGGAGAUUGAAAAGGUGUACCGCCAGGACUGUGAAACAUUCGGGAUGGUGGUGAAGAUGUUGGUCGCAAAAGAUCCCAACCUGGAGAAGCAGCUUCAAGUCCCUCUCAGGGAGAACCUCGGGGAGAUCCGCAAACGUUGCCUUGAGGAUGUCAAACACUUUAUCGGCGAACUGGACGAGGCAAUACGGCAGCCGGAAACCCUGACUUGUGACUCAGCCACGCCUUCUGCUACCCAGAGCAGUCAGAAAGCUUCAAAGACAGCAGCCAAUCACAGCUUGAUUUACUGACGAACAGGUCUCAUAGAACAUUGCAGGAUUCAUUUUGGACCACAGUGGACCGAUUGAAAACAUUCUGGAUCACUGGACACAUGUUGGAUUUCCGGGAUUUUCACUUUCUUUCCAGCACGGGGGUGGGUGUUACCUGGUUAACCAGUGUUAGUUUUGAAUCAAGAAGUCAUUUUUUUACCUUUCAGUGUUCUGUGUUGAAAGUGUCUGAAUUCUACCGGUAAAAAAUGUGUGUAAUAUCUUCAGUUGGGGAUUAUCAAUGUGCAUUCUGCCAUUUUUCAAAUAAAUAAAUACUUGUUUUGUUGUACG